AUGGAUACCAAAUCAACAGAUUUCACAUUACAAGACCUUGCCAAUUCAGUUAAAUUUAUGAGUGAAGAAUUCGAUGAUUUCAAUGGUACUGUAAACAAAUUACUUGAAGAAAUGAAAGAAAUACCCCAUCUUACAAAGCCGGGUAUGAAAAAUGCCAUAAUCGCUAACUGUAAACAAAAUAAAACACUAAAUCUAUCCAACAUUAAUCCCGAGUGGUCUAAUGAUAAGCACCUAUAUAUAAAUCAACAUCUCACUAAAAAUAAAAGACAACUACACGGUAAAGCCAGAGCCACAGCAAAAGAAAAAGGUUACAAAUACGUAUGGAUCAACCAGGACGCAGAGAUCUUAAUCAGAAAAGACGAAAAGGCAAAGAUAUUUGAGAGAGUAAUUAAAUUGAGACUAGCCAAUUACCUAGAAGAAAAUGAAAUCCUUACCCCAUCACAAUUUGGUUUCAGAAAAGGUCUUAACACUGAAGGUGCUAUUAACAGCUUAAUGCAAUCAAUUCAUCACGCAUUGGACUCUAAAAAAAAAGUAAUCGGUAUAAUUAUGAACUUAAGUAAAGCCUUCGACUCUGUUUGCCAUAAACACAGAACUCACAAAGUCCAAAUAGACAAUGUUAUAAGCUCCUGUAAAACAAUGUCCUUAGGAGUACCGCAAGGCACAGUACUAUCCCCAUUAUUAUAUACCAUAUACGUCACAGGUUUAUCGAACCUACAAAUUGAUGGUAGCCUAUACUCUUAUGCAGAUGAUACAGCUUUACUGAUAUCUGAUAACACUUGGGACUCAAGACUCUCGCCCAUCAAAACAAGGAACUUAACCUUAGUGUUGGGCGAAGCAAUUUAA